CGGAAGUUGUUGUUGUUAUGAAGCGUUAGCAUGGCUCCCACAGCAUGAAUGAAUCGUCUCGUGUUGAGGCUGUUUAAACUACAUUUCCAGUGAUUUUAGUGACGGUAUUUGCAAAAAAAAAAAUAUCAAGAAAUAAACCAUGACUCAGGCGGAAAAGGACCAAGAAAACGGCAAAGAGAAAGAAAAGGAGCGAGACAAGGAGAAAGAGAAGGAGCAGCAGCGGGGAGUGAAGAGACCCAUCGCCCCGGCCGCGGUGCCCGAUCUCCCGCAGGAGCAAAUCCAGAGCAACUUUGUGAUCGUGAUCCACCCGGGCUCCAGGACACUGCGGAUCGGUCGAGCCACAGACACCCUCCCCUCAACCCUGCCCCAUGUGAUCGCGCGCAGACACAAGCACAGCGAGCAGGAGCGCUACGAGGACAACUGGCUGCUCAGAGACGGGCUCAACAAGCCUGAGAGCACUGAGCAGAGACUGAAUGGACUCAAAAUGGUGGACCAGGCCAUUUGGUCCAAGAAGAUGUCCAACGGAGUGAGGAGGACGCCUGUGUCUGCGGAACAGGCGCGGGCCUACAACUGUCAGGUGCGCCCUGCCGUGUUGGACAGCAGCUCCAGGGUCAAGUGGACCAACACGAGUCAUCAGCCCCAGUACCUGGUGGGGGAGGAGGCUCUGUAUGUGAACCCGUCCGACUGUUACAGUGUGCACUGGCCCAUCCGCAGAGGGCAGCUCAACGUCCAUUCAGGUCCAGGGGGGUCACUGUCUGCUGUGCUGGCCGAUCUACAGACCAUCUGGAGCCACGCCAUCCACAAACACCUGGACAUACCUCUCAAAGACCUAAAGUAUUACAGAUGUAUCCUGCUGGUUCCGGACAUCUACAACCGUCAGCACAUAAAGGAGUUGGUGAACUUGCUGCUUCUCCACAUGGGCUUCUCAGGGAUCAUUGUGCAUCAGGAGUCUGUGUGCGCCACGUUCGGUUCGGGGCUGAGCAGUGCCUGUGUGGUGGAUGUGGGCGACCAGAAGACCAGUCUGUGCUGUGUGGAGGAUGGAGUGUCUCACCGCAACUCCAGGUUGUGUCUGGGCUAUGGAGGCUCUGAUGUGACCAGGACUCUGCUGUGGCUGCUGCAGAGAGCGGGCUUCCCUUACAGAGACUGUGACCUGAGCAACAGACUGGACUGUGUGCUCCUGUACCAGCUCAAGGAGACCUUCUGCCACCUGGACCAGGACAUCUGUGGUCUGAUGGAUCACGAGUUUCAGACGCGGUUUCCAGACGGUCCAGCUCUGCUCUACCAGAUUCGCCUCGGAGACGAGAAGCUCCAGGCACCCAUGGGUCUGUUCUACCCCAGCACCUUUGGGAUCGUGGGGCAGAAGAUGACAUCACUGCAGUACCGUUCCCAGGGAGACGCCGAGGAUCCCUAUGACGAGCACUACCUCCUGUCCACUCAGAGCAAACAGGACCAGUCCUCCAAAUCAGCAGCAGACCGUAAGUCCCUCUCUCGGCCUGUGGGAGCAGAGGGGGACAUGAGCGCUCCGGGGGGCAGCGCUGACCUGUCAGAGCUGCCCAGGGCCUGUGGAGCGGGGGGGGCUUCAGGGGCCCAGGGCGAACUGGAAAUGGGCCCCGCGCAGGGAGAGGGUCUGCUGGGGAGCGCGGACAUGGAGGAGCCCCUGUCCGCUCACCUCUCCAGGAAGACGGCCAUCAUCAACCAGUUCGAGAGCAAGGCCCUGGGGCUGGACAAGGCCAUUCUGCACAGCAUCGAUUGCUGCGCGUCGGACGAGACCAAGCGUAAGAUGUACAGCUCCAUCCUGGUGGUGGGAGGAGGCCUGAUGUUCAGAGGAGCUCAGGAGUUUCUUCUGCACCGGAUCAUCAACAAAAUGCCCCCCUCCUUCAGACGCCUGCUCGACUCUGUGGACGUCAUCACCAGACCCAAGGACAUGGACCCCAGACUGAUCUCGUGGAAGGGUGGGGCAGUGCUCGCCUGUCUGGACACGACUCAGGAGAUGUGGAUCCACCAGGCCGAGUGGAGACGCUUUGGGCUCCGAAUGCUGCGCGAGAGGGCGGCUUUCGUCUGGUGAAGUGAAGCCGCUGGACUGAGACGCUUUGUGUAAAUAUGUAAGGGCGCGUCUCAUUUCUCUCUCCUCGCUUCCUUCUCCUUGAUUCCUCGAUUCUGCAGGAAAUGGGUGAGGAGGAGAGAGAGGAGCAGAGGAAAAGAAAGAGGAGAGGAGCAGAGGAGGAGAAAGAGGAGCAUAGGAGAAAAACAGGAGCAAAGGAGAAGAGAGACGAGAAGAGGAGCAGAGGAGAAUGGAGAGAAGCAGAUGAGAAGGAAGAGGAGAAGUGAGAGGAGCAGAGGAGAAGAGGAGAAGAGAGAGGAGCAGAGUAGAGCACUGAGACAAUUAUUUUAUCUGACUUCUGCCUCUUGCACCCUCCCUCUGGUUUCCUCUGUAUUUUCCUUCCCUUCUCCCCUCUGAACUUUGGGACACCACUUAAUCCGGAACAUUUGAUUGACAACAAAAAAAAUGGAGGCUCAAGGAGAAGGAAGCGAAGAAUGAGAAAUUAGAUGCACCCAUUGUGUACAAAUGUAUGAAUUAAACCAUUUUUAGAAUAAUAAAUAUCUUUAGAAAGUG